AUGCAGCGAGCUCCGGCCGAAGAUCGCUCUGUCGAGAUGCAGGAGGCCCUGCUGAGCGAUCCUGCGCGGGCGAAGGAGUACGCUACACACUGCGUUCAGAGCUUCCUUUGGGAGUUUAACUUCAGCCGAACGCCCUGGGGCAACACGUACCUGUCCCUUAUGCCGGACAUUCUGCACGCCAUCUAUCUUGGAUGGUGGCUGUACCUUCGUGCUGCCAUUCGCGGCGAGACCACAGAUGCGUACUUGAAGGACGAGCGGAUGUCAGCGCUGCACCGUGGUGCGCGACUGGCUGGAGUCCGUGUGCCCUCUUCUGGUCAGUACUGGGCGUCUGGUGCUAACUUCACUGCGACAGAGCAUGCGGCGGUGAUGAUGGGACAAGGGGCUGAGAUCAACCGCCGCGCCAUUGUUGGCGUGCUGCAGUGGCACGAGUCGUGUAUCAGGGGAGGCUCGCACAUCGAUGACAGCCUGGACGAGUUUGCAGAGGCAACGAGAAGGCGAGGUGGCAUGCCCCGGGAGUUCUCUGCAGCGGUGUACGAGAAUGCGCACAUUCGCACGUGCAAGCAGCCUUACCGUGUGUCGAACCGCCGCCAGGUGGAGCAGGCGAUCGCUGAUCACAACACAACGGCCGCAGUCUUGGCGAGGCUGCCUGGCAGCCUUCCUCCACGCAACACCAACCAGACCGCCAUUAUGAAGGUGCACAACGGAUUGGCCUUACCGCCCGCCCCCACCGACGAGGGGCACAUCAAGCCACACUACGCCAGGGCUGCCGUAGAGCUGCACGGACAGCCCGCCUUCUCGUGUGUGGAGUACGAGCGAGAUGAUGGGGCCGCCGCGUUUGGCAAGCUAUGCCUCCUGCUCACGGCGCAGAGGAGUGGUGCAGAUGGGGAGAGUGGUCCUGCUGAGGUGGCCGUACUGACGAGCUUCCUGGAGGUGGGACAUGAUGACUGCACUGGCUGCACCAUGCUCUCACCUGUCACCAUAUGGAGGGGCCUGGUGGUGGUGCCAUUGCAUCGUCUGGUGCGGGCUGUCCACUGUGUCCCUUCGUUUGAGAACCCCGAUCUCUGGUUCCUGAACAAGUGGGCGUUCAGGUGCCUGGAGGACAUUCACUGA